AUGAGCUACCCAGAGAAGUUUACUGGCUUCUGCACCGCAGGGCCUAGCUCGUGGAACAAAUUCACCAAAGAAACUCUCACGCCGAAACCCUUUGAAGAUCACGACAUUGAUGUGCAGAUCGAAUGCUGCGGUGUCUGCGGGUCUGACGUCCACACUAUCACCGGCGGCUGGGGCGAGUACGAGGGUCCCCUGUGCGUCGGCCACGAGGUUGUUGGCAAGGCUGUUGCUGUGGGGAAGAACGUGAAGGAGAUCAAGGUGGGCGACAGAGUUGGUGUGGGUGCUCAGGUUUGGGCGUGCCUCAAGUGCGAGCAGUGCAAGAACCAGAAUGAAAAUUACUGCCCUCACUUGGUCGACACAUACAAUGCCAAGUACGAGGAUGGAAGCCAAGCACAUGGCGGCUUUGCUAGUCACAUUCGCGCUCACGAGUACUUCACCUUCAAGAUUCCUGAUGCGAUAAAAUCGGAGAAUGCUGGCCCACUAAUGUGCGCCGGUCUCACCACGUACUCACCUCUGGUACGGGGUGGUGUCGGCCCGGGGUCAGUCGUCGCCAUUGUCGGUAUCGGCGGACUCGGCCACCUCGGUCUGCAGUGGGCCAAGGCACUCGGAGCGGAAGUCUACGCCGUUACCCACUCGCCGGACAAGGCCGAAGACUGCAAGAAGUUGGGUGCCAAGGAAGUCAUUGACACCAACAAGAAGGACUGGGCUAAGCCUUAUGCUUUCAAGUUCGACUUCAUGCUCAACUGCUCCGACAUGACCAACGAGUUUGACCUUCAGACGUACCUGUCCACUCUUAAGGUCGGCGGUCAUUUCCACAUGGUCGGCUUGCCAGACAAGCCUUUGCCUCAGUUCCCCGCAGGCCUCUUCGCCAGCAAUUCUGCCAAGAUGUCCGGUAGCCACAUCGGAAAUAACCAGGAGAUGAACGCUCUGUUGAAGUUGGCCGCCGAGAAGGGCAUCUCACCUUGGGUUGAGACUAUUGAUAUUUCGGAGGCAGGAUGCAAGGAGGCUGUUGAGAGAGUGAAGGCGAACAAAGUUCACUACCGCUUUACCCUUGUCGGCCACCAGAAGGCAUUCGGGACUGCUUGA